CAAAUGAAAGCCAGUCACCGACAUCGAUCUAUGAUUGGAACAGAGCUUCUCCGGGGGGAGCCGGUUAGUCUGCGGCCAAAGAGCGCAUACUCGGAUGGGCGGAUCGUAGCGGUGACAGCGACGCUCGCAGACUCCCGACAAACUGUCAAAAAGCAGACAACUAACGCUAUGGCGGAGUUAGACCUGAGUCUGAGCGACGCACUGAUGGACAGCGUUGAGCAGCCGGGCCCGGAGAGCCUGGUGGAAAGGGACUUUGUGGCUCAGCUGGAAGCGGAGACCUUCGUUGAUCAUGUCGGGGAGACGGUGGGAAAGACAGACUACAUCCCCCUGCUGGACAAUGACAGCACCAGAGCAGACACGGGUGCUACGUUGGAGAAUGGAGAGCAGGAAGCUCAUGGGGUGCAAAAGCCUGGUUGUAAGCUGACAGCGGGGGGACAGACAUCACUGUUGCGCCCAGAGCCACAGGGAGAGGUGCGGACACGCUCACUUGACCAGCAGCAGGCCUUGGCUACAGACUUCAUAUCAGCUUCCAUGGCAGGUUAUUCAGAUCCUCUGGGCUCUCAGACCAGCCCUGCCCAAAUGAUGGAUCCUGGCCAGAUGGAAGCUUUUUCAGGUUUCUCCCAGCCUGGUGGGAGGGGGGUCAAUGUGGAGUUGGGGUCUGCACCCCACUCAGCAGAGAAGAUUCCAAGUAUAGCAGAACCCCACCAUCCCACAACCCCAGCGGGUUCAGAAGCCCCUAAAGAGCACAGCCCCAUGCUGCCUGAACCUCAGACUCCUCGCAGCCCUCUGGAUCUGUCAUCAGGUGCCUUAGGCGACUGCUGGCCAGACGAAGCUGGCUGCCUACCUACAGACCUCCCUUUCAGCCCCAGCGUCUCCACCGUGAUCAGUCGCCAUGCAGGCCAUCUCCCAGUCAACCCUGACAACCCACCUGACAGUUGGCCUAGCCGCGAGAGCCCUGCCUAUGCUGGAGGCGAUGAAAGGGAGGGAGAAGGUUCAGACCGAAAACAGAAGAAGAAGAAGAAAAGGCGACAGAAAGACGAGGGGUCUUACGAACACCUGGAGAGCAGGGGUCACCCUGAGGUACAAACACGGGGAGAAAACACUCCCUCAACAGAGGAGUUCUACAACAGGAUUGGCCCAAGGCGGGAUAGAGGAGAUGGUGGCUGGGAAGACAAUCUUGGGAAGAGCGGAGGCCGGGGGAAGAAGGGUAAGAGCAGGAAGAAACUUCCAGAGGAGUGGGGAGUCACGGCAGAAUUAUUUGUCCCCUCGGCCGCAGUGACCUCUCAAAUCACAGAGGAGGUGAUGAUGGAUCUCGGGAGUUCUGGUCAGGCAAACCUGGAAGCCUCGUUAGGAGACAUGGACACCAGCCAGUGCCCCUGGGAAAAGGAAGUCUACCCAGAAGAAGGCCUGGUCUCUUCCCACCUGUCUCAGGACCUGUUAUCUCCAACAGAUGCUUCCAUCAACCCACUGGUCCUGAACAGUGAGCUGAAAGCCACAGCAGCUCCGUUCACUAUGCCCUCCACCACCAACAGUGCAACACUUGGCUCCCUUCCCAUGGCUCCUCGCCCUGUUGAUUUAUUUGACCUCCUGAUGGAUACUGAAAAUGCAAGCUUAGGCGACAGCAGCCAGGCCUUAUCACCUGGUGGUGACAUGGUUGACAGCAGGAUGUUUGAUAACACCAGUUCUCUUCAAGAGUCUUGUGUGCAAGGCCUGUCUGAAGGAGACACCUCUGCUUUCAGCCCCGCCCAGCCAAGCCCAGGCCUCUCCCCAAAAGGCGAGGUGAUAGCCUCGGCCCCACCUCUCUCACCUUCAGAUGCUUCAUGGAUUCUGAACGACUCCAACAUGAGCAGCAACAGCGAGCUAUUUCAGUUCAGUGACAUGAGCACUUCAGGUCAUCCUUUAACCUUAGGGCUGUCCUUCGACACACCUAGCCCAGCCCCUCUCCGCUCCCCUAAAACCACAGCGCAGGAAUUCCAACCCAAAGAGCACAAAGAUGCCAAAUUGGGCCACAAGCCACCCAAGAAGUCUCAUUCUUCAUCUUCCUCCUCCUCUGUAAAGAGUCCCACCUCCCCAGGAUCUGGUCUUAACCCUACAGCUAAGCCCUUCUUUCCUAGCUUUGCUGAUCCUAUUGAAGAACCAGCCGUGGUCCCUCCAGUUACCCCCAUCAGCGAAGUAAAAUCUGACAAAAUGGAGAAGGCAGAGAAGGAGGAGGAGAAACUGGAGGAUAAUGUAAAGAAGGUGGACCUGUUUGACCCUCUGGAUAAAGCUGAGCAGAAGAGUGUGAAGGUGGAAUUUGCAAUCAGUGAGACUCCAGCCAUGGUGGAGAAAGAGAUGGAGAAGGAAAGACAGACAGAGACACAAAACGAGAAGGAGAAAGAGGCAGAAAAGGUGAAAGAGAAGGAGAACGAGAAAGAGGUGAAAGAUGCGGAAAAAGUUAAAGAGGAGAAAGAGGCAGCCAAAGUGAAGGUGACAGAGGAACAGACAGAAAAGGAGAAAGAGACAGAGAAAGUGGAGUCAAUGCAGCAGAAGGCAGAAAAAGAGGAUAGCAUGAAGGUAGAAGAAUCACCAGAUAAAUUGCUGAAGACAGAUACAGCGGAAAAGACAGGGAAAGUAGAAAAAGUGGAGAUGACAGAAGAAGAAGGGAGCAAAGUGGAGAAAACAGAGAAUGUGGAAAAAGUGGAGAAAAAUGAAAAGUCCAAAAUUGAAGAAAAAACAGAGAGUCUUGAGAAAACUGAGAUGAAGGAUGGCAAAGAGCAGCGCAUGGACAAAGUAGAAAAGACCCCAGAGCAACAGCUGACACCCGUCAAGCUGGAGACCAGUUAUGACAAGCUGGAGAAGAAGACUGACACAGAGACAAAGAUGACACCAGAGGUGGAAGACACCAAGAAAGAAAAGGCUGACACAGACGAAGCCAAGAAGACGGAGAAAGAGGACGAGGUGGAGAAACCCCCUGAGGAGCCGGCGGACGAACCAACGCAGAAGAAUGAUGAGGACGAGAAGCAGGACAAAAUGCAGGUCGAAAAAAAAGUUGUCGAGAAAAAGGAUGACAAGAAGGACAAGGCUGCAAAAGCAGAUGGAGGAGAGAAGGCCAAAAAAGCUAAACCUGCAACCAAUGGAAGCAGUGCCACACUGAGCAGAGACCCGGCAGGUGCAGACAAGAAGACCAAGCUGGCUGCUGUGGCGACCAAACCGAGCGCUGCUGCUAAAACGCGUCCAAGUACCGCAGCUGCCGGUGGUUCGGUCACAGCCCCUACUAAGCGCCCCACAUCCUCCACCACUACCACCACCACCACCUCCAUCUUAGACAAAAAAACUACCACAGCAAAGGCACCAUCCACAGCCACUGCUGGUCCAAAGCGGCCCUCCACCACUUCUACCAGCCGCCCUGCAUCCUCCACCACUUAUACCAGCCGCCCUGCAUCCUCCACCACUUCUACCAGCCGCCCUGCAUCCUCCACCACCAUUUCACGUGAUGUCAGAGCCAAGACAACCACAGAGAAGCGCCCCCUCGUUCCAAAGGCCAGCACUGCCACCUCAACAGGCUCCACUGCUGCCACCAAAAAUGGAACUACUAGCACAGCAGCCAGUAAAACUGCAACAUCAGUGCGCACGACGGCGUCUACUCGCACCAUUACUACCACUGCAGCCAAAAAGCCUUUGGCCUCCAAGACAGACAGCAAAUCAGGAGAGGAGAAGAAGUCCAGCACUCUGAAGACUUCUACAGUUGACUCUACAAAGCCCAAGACCACCACCAGCACCACCCGCAGCACUGCUUCCUCCACCGCUGCCUCUCGCACUCGAACCACAGCAGCCAAACCGGCCACAACCUCCUCCACCACUGGUACAGUACCAGAGAAGAAACCCAUGGUGCCCCGAGCCCCCCGGGCCACUUCCUCAACCAUAACCGCCACCACCACCUCUAGGAUCACAGCUCGCCCCAGCACAGCACCGGCCUCUGACAUCCGUAACGUCCGUUCUAAGAUUGGCUCUACCGACAACAUGAAGUACCAGCCUGGAGGAGGGAAGGUGUCAUCUGCCUCUCAGAGCAGGGGCGUUGUCUCCAAAGAAACGAGCCAGGGCAAAGUUCAGAUAGUCUCCAAAAAGCUGGACUUCAGCCACGUCGCCUCACGCUUGGGCUCCAAGGACAAUUUGAAGCAUGUUCCUGGUGGAGGGAAUGUGCAGAUACUCAACAAGAAGGUGGAUGUGAGUAAGGUGACAUCAAAGUGCGGCUCCAAGGACAACAUCAAGCACAAGCCUGGCGGUGGUGUCGUGAAGAUUGAGUCCCACAAAGUGAGCUUUAGGGAAAAGGCUCAGCCUAAAGUGGGUUCCAUGGACAACCUGAGCCAUUCACCUGGUGGAGGAGGCAUCAAGGCUGAGGGGGCCCAGGAGACAACUGAGGGGAAUGGGACUCCCCUGAGUGGCACCACGGCCCCAGCCCCAGGCUUUGAGCCGGGGCAGGCAGGGAGCCCUGCUGCCCAGGAGAAUGGGCUGAAGGAGGGGGUUCCCUGUGAUAGUGAGGGCCUCCGGGAGCCCCAGGCUCUGGACGCACGCAUCCCAGAGACAAGCAUCUAAUUCUACUAUCCCUCUGCCCUCCUCAUCUCAACACCCUCCCCACAAAACAUCACUUCCUCCCCCUCCCCACCUUCUCCUAUCUAUAUUUUUUCUUUCUCCCUUACUUCCUCCCCCUCUUUCUCUGCCCCUUUCUUUCCAACCUUUCUGCUGCAGAUUGAGUGUUUCAAGCUCAACUUCCGCGAGAAUGCUCGCUCUCGCACGGACCACGGCGCCGACAUCAUCACCUGGCCAGCCCCCCAGGAUGACAACAGACCCCACCCACACGGUUCCUCCCAUUCUCUACAUCAAAACCACCACCAUCACCCGGCUCUUCGCAGUGUCUCCCUCAUUGAAUCGUUGGCUUCUGCAGGCUGUGUCAGCUCCCCCUCUGCCCCUUCCUUGAUGCAUCUUUAGGGGGGGAGGUCAACGGCUCCCUAAAGGGAUCUUUACCUUUCUUGCCCCCAUCAAGCCCUGAAAACCCCUUUUAACUUAAAUCUCUCAUUGCAAAUUUUUGAAUCAUCCAAUAGUUAUGCCACUCUAGUAUUAUGCCUCCUCUCUCACAUCUAAGCUCAUCAUCAUGCGCCAUAGCUACCCCCCCCCCCCCAUAUUUGGCUGAAGGGACUGUAUAGACUAAGAUUGGUGGGAAUCAAUGUGAAGGGAAAUAAGGGGAAGGUUUUCUCACAUAUUUGAUUGUGUCUUCCCAAGCUGGCUGACCUGGAAUCAGUGGGUUUCACUGGGAUCCUCUUUACCCUCAGCCUGGCGGUGUACUCUGACCCUGCAUCAUCUCACCUCCACACACCAAAUAAGCAGCAAUCACUUCAUUUGUCAACUGAGCAGCGUAGAAACCAUCUUGGACUCAUCUAUGACUCCUAUGACACACACAUAGCUUCUAUUUUCCUUGUGACUUUAGGGGCUGUUUGUUCCCAAUAACCACUUACUCUCUGCUUCAAUAACAUCAUAGUAAUUCAUUGUCCAUAUUAUCUGCUAUAUCACUUCCUCUCUCUUCACUAUCAUCAUUUACCAUACAAACAAGUAGACAACAACAAGUAGGCUGUUUGAACCAUUUUAGGCUGUUUACCUCUUUAUUCUCUGUGUUUGUGAUGAUGUGUUUGAGUGACAAAACUGUGUAAAAAUGAGCUUUGGUGUUCUGUUCGGAUCUUAUUUCUUGUCUUUCUUAAGUUUUUCUUUUCCUCCUAGUUUCUCGAUUGUAAAACAAGGUUUUAUUUAUUUAUUGUUUCCUUCAUGUUUCUUCCUGUGUAAGCAAUACAGUGAACAGUCUUUUUUCCGAGCACUCAGAAAAUCUUGAAAACACGCACAGGUUUUUGUAAACCAAGACACACAGAAAAUAUUCAGACAGAGGAAGAAAGUGAGAAAGGAGGUGUUGCUAGAAAGGUGAACAAAAAAGAAAUUUUAGGUGUGCUUGGCAAGAGGUUGAAACCUGAAAGUUUUUGAAAUGCAAUUGGGGAAGUUUGCUUAAGUAGAAAAGCUUUAACUAAGCAUACAGUCCAGAUGGAGAUGAGGAAGAUCUCUGAAGUCAAAGAAGCUGUGUGUCUCGUACGUGCCUCCUGUCCUUCUUACCUGAAAACUACAGUAAACGAGGACGGCGCAGGCUAAUGCCUAAAACUGCUCAGACAAAGAGAAUAGCAUAGUUGACAAAACUGACAUAAAACAUUAGGGGCAACCUGGUAUUGUUGUUUUAAGUACAUUCUGUAAAUCAAGCUGUCUUGGUAGUUGUGUUGCCAUGGUUGUUGUUGCAUUUAAGGUGUUUCUAUAAGGGGUUAUGGUAGCAUGUUGGUCGGCAGUAGCUAAAUACAAAAACAUCUCUAAAAUAUUUUCGGCACUUUUCUUGUUGAAUUAUUGGCAGUGGAACAUCAUGUGGCUUUAUACUCUUCUCUGUAGCAACAGUUGCCUCUAAUUGCCUUUAUAAUGCAUGGCCAGAUUAUAUAGUAUCAUGCCCAGAGCUGAAAGCCUUUGUGCAUUAUGACUCAAAGUGUUGUGGUUUGGUACCAUAUGAAUAUCUCUGGGGCAAUCCUAGACCGUUGAUGUGUGGUUACUCAAAUUAUGACUUUUAUCACCAAUGGACAGAUAGAGCUGGUUUCUGAUGGUUGUUGUUUCACCUUUUAGUUUCAUCAUUAAUUCUUCCGCUUCAAACUAGUUGCAGAUUUGUAUACUAAUGAUUCCAUCGCUCAAAAAUACAAAGAUGGAUGACAGAAGUUUAUUUUAGGAAAACAUACUUUUGUGGACAUCUUAAACCUGCAUCAUUUUUUGGCCUUUUGGAGGCAGCCAAAAAAAGCUGUAAACAUGAAAUAGACGUAUUAUAACUUUAUGAAGUUGUUAUGGCAAACAUGUUAGCAAACAGUCUAUUGCCUUUUUUUGUCCAGCAGACACAGAGCAACAUUAGCAUUUAUUUGGAGUUGUGUCUCUGUCAACCUUCUGAAUGUAAGUCUAAUGUUCCCUCUCCUUUGGUUUGGUCUUUACCAACUCCUGAGGGAAAUAUCUGUCUUGUGCUGCAAAAAGCUCCACUGUGUUCACCAUCUAGUUGCUAACUUUGUCUGUCUGCUUUUAAGCCAUUUGGUGCUAGGCAGGUAGCCGACUUUGGGUUUGUCAGAACCUUUUCGCUGCCUGAUGUGGCUGGAACAUUGGUUAAUGAGAGAGGUGAGACUGAACCAAACGGUAAAAUUGUGGCACGUAAAACCAAAACAGUGAGCUGGAAGAUGCUAAAGUCAUUUGGCCCAUUAUUCAUAAAAAAAUAUUGAUUCUUGCAGCUUUACAAAGCUUACAAAAACCUUCUUUCCUUUAACAGAAGAAGCCAAACUUCUCAAAUGUUAAAUAUUUUCUAAACACGAGCAGCCAUAUAAGACUUUGCCUAAGUAAAACACAGUUCUAAAAUCUAAAUUUUGAUUUAAAUAUGAAAACAUUGAAUCAAAUAAUAGGUAAAGAAGAUUAUGAAUCUGAACAAAAAUGUGAUGCCAACAUUUGGUUUAACUUCUCCAUACUUGGUGCUAUUGACACAUUUCGGUUGAUACCAAUCAAACUUUAAUAGCCAGCGCUAGUUAUAGAUAUCUAGUAAAAUAGGAUAAAAUUACUUGCAAACUUCAUCUUCUUUACAAUUCUUUCAAAUAAUGAAAAGCAAGUGCGAUAAUGGCAAAUGCCUUUGCAGACAUUUGUUUUUUUUUAAAUUCAGGUUUAAGACCAAAGCUCCAUUGACCGCCCCCUAGAGACAAGAUGAGACACUCCGAUUCUUUCCUAUUCAAAUUGUCACUUUAGCAAAGAUUCGUUAAGAAGCUUUGACAUAACUAAAUUGCACCUUAAUGCUUUAAUAUAUCAAAGAGGGCUCACUGUGAUGGAGUGUUAGUAUUUGAUUAACAGGCAACACGUGUUAAUAAACACCCCUCUAUGAACAAGUGAUCCCAAAUAGCUCAAUUAUGAAUGAGAUUUUACGUGAUGACAUGAAUAGAGUAAUAAACUGAGUUACAGUGCCCUUAUUUUCCCGCUACUGUUGAAUCAUUAAACAGUUCAAUUCAGAUUCAGUCAUUAUUUUGUUUUGUAUUGGAAUCCCUUUAAAUUUUUUAAAAGAAAACAAAAGCCUUUUACAGAAGAUCCAGUUUUAUAAAAAGCGCAAUAACUUCUCAUUAAUGUCUUCUGAAAGUGGGAAUGUUUGACAUGCAGAUGUUGGAGUUCUUUUCUGCCGGUUGAGGAUUGAGUGUUGCUAAAAGAGCAGAUGUCAUCAAAUAGUUAAAUUGCUUUGUUUGUGCCACAGCUGUCACAUAGCAAAAUAUUUUCUUGUGCCUGUCCACAACCACGUUUGAGCUUUGCUCUUGCCCCAUAGUUUUUCCUUACCACUGCAAUUGAGAAUGCACACGGAUGUAUAUACAUAUUUUAUAGUUGAUGCACUCUUUAUGACCCUAAAAAAGAACAAAACACAGUAUGACAACAGCAUCAGGGAGGUUUGGUGGGCGGGGGUUUCAAAGUUUGUUCAGAACAGCUUUUAUGUCCAUUGUCCUUUUUUUUUCUCCUUUUAUUGGUUAUGAGGGAAGGGAGCGUUUUAUCAUGACUAUUAUGAUUAUUAUUCUGAUUAUUAGUAUGAAUUGAAAAAGUCUGCCUUUUUCGUUAGAAAGGGUCCACUGAAGUGAAAGAAUGUCUUUUGAGAUAUACUGUACUAAAGACGCAACACUUUUGUAUAUGUAUUUAUCGUUGUGUUCCUGUAGCCUUGGGGUGGUUGAAGGGAUUACACCUUGGAUUUGUGACAGCCAGUUUCACAAACUGUCCUGGAGUUUUUUUCAAGGAUGUGCAAGACAAGAUUUGAACCCCAAAACAACACUUAGAAAGUCUUUAUUAUCUUAUUAAAUAUCAUUUGAUUUAAAGCGCUGUACUGGCAGCCUGAUUCAGCAAUGUUGAACUGGCAACAUAGACCUUAAUUAAUACAUUUUUAAUUUAAAUUUGUAGUGCACAAUUAUCCCGAUACACUAUUGAAUCAUGCCUGCAAGCCCAGUCUUAAGCGAAUAAGAAUAAUGUUCGGACUAUCCGGUAAACUUCUCAUUCAGGACACAGUGACGUGCAGUUUCAUAUGAUAAAAGAACCAAGCGGACUAAAGUUAACAUACCUGAAACACAUGACACUGUACGUAUAUCACAGUGGGCAAAAGAGAAUUUGUUGUUCAAGCAGGCGCUAAGUGUAAAGGUCAAUGUGUAGGCCUGUAAUUUGGGAGCACUGUAUAUCAAACAUAUUGGCUGCUACAUAUAGCACUGAAAUAGCAGCAACAUGCCCUGGAGAGUCACAAACACCGAGACCUCUCUAAGGUUAACUAACUGUAGUUGUCAGGUUUGGCUUGUGUCCAAAAUGCUCCUCAGUAAUCUAUCCAAGGAGUGUUGUAGCUAGAGCUUCAUCUACCGCCACUGCACUCACGCAAGAGUAACACUAUCUAAUAAACACCUACUGUACCUGCAGAGCAUGCUGAAAAACAACAAUGGGAUGUGUUAGGUAGACUUACUAUGUCAUUCACAGAACCUCCUCAUUGUUUUUUGUGUUGUUUUUUUCAUUAAUUUGAAUUUUAUUUUUUGGUUUGGAAAAAAGUGUUUAUUGUGAUUACUUGUUAAUUAGUGAUGUGAUUAUUGAACAUGAAAUAAAACAGACUAAAACUCUCA